GUMUGCAGAAGUUGGGUGAGUCUGGGCGUUCAAAAUGGCGGCGGCUGCUUCUCGAGGCAAGGACUACACUGCCAUUCAAAUGAAAAACCAAGAAUCACCCAAACAAGACAAUAAUCAGUUUUCAGCUAAACGAACUAGCUUAGAGAAACCCUUUGACGAAGCCUUUUGGAAUCAGGUGCAGGACAAAUUUUCAAAAGAGAACAUAUCAUGGAUAGCUGCAAUGGAUGAAGUUCGCACACAACGGUUGGAAGAGGARCAUCAAAAGUUAACAUUACAAGUACUGAUUCGUGAUUGGCCCAACAGUGAUGAGUAUUGUGAUAGACCAGAGUUGAUUGCAAGCUUGGAACAUCAGAUAAACCGGUUUGUUGAUAUCAUCCUCAGUAAAGACAAGCAGUUAAGAAAACCACAAUACAAGUUUUUUAGAGUUGAUGAAGAUGAGGAUAAAGAUUGCCCAACUAUUUUACACUUGGCUGCCAAACAAGGCUUUGAAAAAAUAGCAAAAACAAUAGUAGAAUACUACCCAGGGUUGCUGUACUUAAAAACUGARGAACAUGAUGACAAGAGAGAGUAUUUGCCUGUUGAGAUUGCACUUCAAGAGGGUUUGAAGUUUGAUACUUCUGGCCGUUCAGGAUGGUGGGAUAAUACCUGUGCUUAUCUUAUAGGAAAAAUGAAAAAUGAAUGGAUUCACAACCUUUUUGUGCUCAAUGGAUCAAACACAGACAUUUUCAAUUUUGGUGAAUUCAUCCAGCAUCCAAAUAUGAAGAAAACUGUGGUUGCAGUGCUUGAUCGCCUUAUAAGCCCACACUGGCCAUAUUUGCCACAAAAGAAAGAAAGAGAAAGCUUCAAAGGGGAGGAGAGGAGUAUUGAGAAGGCGUGGAGUAGYGUCCCUGACAAUCCCAUGAAUUACCAUUUCGUCUACCACUUGUUGGACUGCGAUGAAUCUGGAAAUUUGCCCAAAAUAGGCGACAAAAGAAAUGCUAACUUUAAUCUGAGAGGGAAAUCAAAUCUCUACCAUAUUGCAAACAGUCAAAAUAAGGAAGCAAUCCAACAUCCUGUUGUCAGAAUGCUUGUAAUGAGAAAGUGGUCGAAGUUCGCGCAGUGGUGGUUCGGGAUCCAAGCGUCAUUCUAUCUUCUGUUUUURAUUCUGAUGUCCUUUGCUUUAAUCUAUGGAUCAACUCGUAGCGACCCUAACAGCUACAUAGGCUCAGCGGACAAGCUUAGGGCGUUCUGUGAGAUUGCAACUAUUUUGAUGGUCAUAUUUUAYGUCAUAGAGGAGUGUUUUCAAGCUGACAACGAAGGAAUCAAAAAAUACAUYAAGGACCCGUACAAUUGGUUUGACUGGAUUGGACUUGUUAUGACGCUGUUGGUGAUUCCGUUGCGAUUCUCUGGCUCAAGUGGUCAGUGGACCGUCGCUUCGAUUGGGUAUCUCUUCAACUUCCUUAGGAUCUUCAAAUUCUCUUGUGUCUCAAGAACAACUGGUUUAUAUACAAAGACACUAGCCAAGAUUUGUUACCGCGAUAUGGUUCGAUUCAUGGCUGUUUUCAUUGUGGUCUUCGUAGCUUUUUGUGGAUCUCUUUUCAUGUCCUUACGAGCGAUGAACUCAACGUCACUGAUAGAUGGUUUUAGCAAUGUGAUGUUGGUUGGCAUUCGCGCUUUGGUCGAGCAAAACCCAGUAGACGAUGACUAUUCUAAAUUCAAGUGGUUAUCUGUUAUAAUAAUUCUGUGCUACAUGGCAAUGGUUAUYGUCAUUCUGUUGAACAUCCUGAUUGCACAGCUCAGCUAUACWUAUGCUGAGGCCAAGAAAAUGGCAAAGCUACAAUAUGACAUUGAUCGUGUCUUGAUUAUCACUCGCUUGGAGCAUAGCAGGUUUUCUCGAUUUAACCUUCGUGUCAGAUACUAUCAAGAAGGCGAUUGGAUCGGCGAAGUAAAACUAGCCAAAGCAUUGCUUGAGUAUAGCGAGGACAGAUAUCCAUGGGAAAGCAUUGAAGAAAAACUAGAACAGAUCAGGACCAUGAUGAAAAAAGUCAUCAAACGACUUCCGGUUCCUGACAAUUAAAAUCCCAAGGCGUUCCUGGCUUAGCGGUGAAGGAAGUUGUUACCUGUAGCCUGGUGCGACUCAAGUAGGCUCACUAUUAUCUUUAUAUAGCUGAUAAAGGGUUUUUAGAUGUAAACGGAUUUUCGUGAAUAGACGCAGGCAAAUAUAAUAGUAUAUUUUGUAGAGAUUUUUAGUUGUACAAGGAGAUUUGAACGAGCAAGAGCAACCGCCAACUUUGAUCGACAAACGACGAACUAUCUGAGUAAUUCUAAAUGAGCUGACUUACUUCUUCAUUUAAGUCAAUUGGAGAUUGAAUGAACCUGAAUUAAUGCAUGGAUGGAAUUGAAAAAUGAGCAAAUGGAUGGGAAAACCUGGGAUAAAUUGAAAAAAUGAAACAAAUGAAUGAGAUGAAUGGAUGGAUGAUAGGAGUAAAUCACGUCAUGAAAACAGAUUUCUGACGCUGGGAUUUUAAAGUCGAAAGUCCCACAGCAGUCGCUUCCGCUGUGCUCCACGCGAAAUCUUAGAAUAAUCACUUAAACAACAAGCUUAGCCGUUAGAUUAUUUCUGUUUUGUAAAAAGAUAAAAAGGUAGAUGAAAUAACUUACAACUUUUAGUAAGUUGCUUCACCUACUUUUUUUGCGGUGUCGAAUUUGUCUUUUUACACAAAUGUUUUGUUAGAAACACCGACGCAGCUCACACUAGUUUACCGCUAGUUCUCACAAUUUAGAUUAUUUCUGUCUAUUUUUGAUGAUAUUUAUAAUGUUUUAAUUUCUACCAGUGUCAAAAUUAUUUAAUAUUCAAUAUGCAAUCAUUAGCUGCACAAGAAAAUAAAGGAUAAACAUUUUUAUUUGAUACUUUUUUGUAAUUACAAACCAGUAGAAAGUAAACUCAAGAAAUAAAUGUGACAAGUAUUUAAUCUUUGAUAAUAAAUUCUAUUAAUUUCUUUAA